GGUGAUGAAUGAAAAAAAGUCCUUCAUUCAAAACAACACCGCGUUGCGCGAAGCCGGAUCGAUGUAACAACAACACUACCUUUUGUUUUGAUAUUGUUUCGCGUGAGGAAAGUUUGGGAAAAAGCAUCGGCAAAGAGAGUGAAAAUAACAUUAAUCGGUGAAUUCCGUAAACGCAACGAGUGUUGACUUGAAAAAGUCUUGAAGGAUGAUGUAAAUUUGGAAACUUUUGUGUUUAGUGGGUUGUGCCGGAAUUUCGAGGGAUAUCACCGGACAAGAAUGGAAUUUCUGGUGUUUUUGGGCGUGGUGGUGGCCGUUUACGGCGUGCUGCUAUUUUUCGACAACUUUUUCAAGAGUUGCAUGCACCACCCGUACGAGGCCUUCCUGCGAGGGACCGGCCUGACGGUGAAGUUCCUCCGGCUGCAGUGGCACACGACGGCCCUCAACCGGUCCAUCGUCAAGUGGAGUACGGCCUAUCCGAAGCUGCUCGAUCUGAGCUUUGGCCUCGGAGUUUAUAUCUCGAUUAUCCUGAUGCCGUUGGCGUCGUUCCUGAUAAUCGCUUCGACGUUCCACACCAAGAGUGGCCACGGUGGCAAGGGCUCGGAAGGAGCCGGGUCAAGUGGGGUGGCCGGCGUGAAGGAAUCUGUUUCGCUUGAUCUGCUCAUCCCGGGAGUGAAUCUGCCGCUGAACGAAAUUGGUUACUACGUGGCGGCCCUGGCCAUCAACAGUGUCGUGCACGAGCUUGGCCAUGGGCUGGCCGCGGUCCUCGAGGACAUUCCCAUCAAGGGGUUCGGCUUUCACGUGAUGCUGAUCAUUCCGAUGGCGUACACCCAGCUAGAUUCGGAUCAGCUCAACGGGUUGAGGACGUGGAAGCGGCUGAAGGUACUCUGCGCUGGAAUCUGGCACAACUUGGUCCUUGCGGCUUGUGCAUAUCUACUCUUCAUGGCCACACCAGCCAUGCUAUCAGCAGUUUACCGUGUCAACGACGCCGUCAUGGUCACCGGCAUCAAAGACGGAUCGCCCCUCCUCGGAACUCGUGGCCUCGAACAAGGAGACAUCAUCACUUCGAUCAACAGCUGCGACAUCCGGAACGAGGGCUCCUGGUACGGCUGCCUGCUCGAAACGCUCCACUCCCAACCCUCGUACUGCAUCUCCCCGGAUUUCGUACACCUCAACGACGAAUCCGUCCCAAUCUCCCACAAAAGCGACGGCCUCAUCGAGUGCUGCAACGCGGAAAACAAAGCCUCCAACUGCUUCGAGUACAUGGAAGACAUCAACGCGGAGGACGUCGCCCUGCCCCAGCACAUGUGUCUCAACAUCCGGAAGGUGGUCGAAAACUCGUUCGCCUAUUGCCACCACCAGCCAACCUGCCCCGAAGGGCACUGCUUCAAACCCAUGAUCAACAACUUCACCACCAUCAUGCAAAUCCGGCGCGACCGCAAGCCGGACGUCAUCUACAUUGGCCACCCGGCCGACCUCACCCGAACCAUCCGCAUCUCCCAGUUCGUCCCGAAAACCGGCCUCUUCCAACCGGGCUUCGCCGACGCCAUCCAGCUGCUGCUCAAGUACGUCACCGUGUUCGCCCUCGGACUGGCCGUUAUCAACGUUAUCCCGUGCUUCGGAUUCGACGGGCAGCACAUUGUGGCCACGCUGCUGGCGAACGGACUCGUCACGAGCAGGGUGCCGCAGAAAAGCAAACGGGACGUGAUUGCGCUGUGCGUCAACAUCGUCGGGACGCUGUUCGUUUUUAUCCUGCUGACGAAGGUGUUUUGGCAGAUGAUCUUCAGGGCGCUGUGGGAGUAGAUGGGCGAGCGUUAGUACUCUCUCGAUCAUAACUAACGUUUGUGUAUGUGUAUAGGACCGUUUUUUUGUUUGCGGGUGAUUACGGGCACGAGUCGUUGGGGGUAAUUUUGGAACUUUGCUGAGUUUUAGCUUAUGGGGAUUCAAAGAACAAGUUCAACGAUUCAUCUCUUCGGUAAACUUUGCGCAGUAGGCCUGGCCGCUUCAACGUUUGGCAUGUUUCGAAGGCCGUGUUACGCUCCAUACAAAAUUUUUAAAUUGUAUGGAGGGGGGAGGGGACUCAGAAAUCUACAUUUUUGAGUUACGUUAUAAAAAAGCGCUCCCUAACGGCCCCUAGUUUAACUGAGUUGCUUUUUAACUGGGCGCCCAAACGUCAAAAAAUAAUAACACAACGAAAUGAUCGAGGGGUCAGCCGAUGCAAAAUAAUCGUCUACAAAUAAAUAAAUUAUUCCUUCUAA